UUAUAGGUUACACUUUAGUACGUAAGUACAAAACUGUGGCAUGACGCAAAGCUGUCAAGUUCCGUAUCCAGUUUCGUGGUUCCGAUGUCACGAGUGCUCCUUCUAUUCUUCUGUUCCGUCUUUCCUUUCUGUUCGGCGCCGCUUUAAAGACGAGUCGUGACGGUGCUAGCUGACGAGUGUUGAAUCUACAUGUAAGAACUCGUUACCGGACCUUAGGACUUUGAAAAAACUAAUUAUGACGUACGGAGGAUCAGGUGGGGGAUAUCGAAGUGGUGGCGGUCGUGGGGUUGGUGGUGGAGGCUCUGGGGGACAAAGAAAUGGGUAUGGAGGUAGCGGAGGGUCUAGUGGUAGUAGUGGUGGACGUUAUGGUGGUCGAGGUACUGGCAGUGGUAAUAACCGAGGUGGUGGAAGUCACAGUGGCGGUAGCCUAAAAAAACCAAACUGGGAUUACGAAAACCUUAAGCCAUUCAAGAAGGACUUCUACAUACCACAUUCAAACGUUUCUAGCCGUCUGCCAAGAGAGGUAGAAGUUUAUAGAGGUGACAAACAAAUAACACUCAAAGGUGACAGCAUUCCAAAUCCGAUCCAAUAUUUUGAGGAAGGAAACUUCCCUGACUACGUAAUGCAGGGUAUUAGAAAACAGGGAUUCGCAGAACCAACUGCUAUUCAGGCACAGGGCUGGCCAAUUGCAAUGUCAGGUCGUAAUAUGGUUGGCAUUGCUCAGACCGGCUCUGGAAAAACUCUGGGCUACAUUCUGCCAGCUAUAGUUCACAUAAAUAAUCAACAACCCUUAAAUCACGGGGAUGGACCUAUUGCUCUGAUUCUUGCCCCAACCAGGGAACUUGCCCAACAAAUUCAGACUGUUGCCACAGAUUUUGGGUCUCUCUCAUAUGUCAGAAAUACAUGCAUUUUUGGUGGAGCCCCCAAAGGAGGUCAGGCCCGUGAUUUAGAACGAGGUGUUGAAAUCUGUAUCGCUACUCCAGGUCGUUUGAUUGAUUUCCUUGAGAGAGGAACAACCAACUUGCGGAGAUGCACAUACUUGGUUCUUGAUGAAGCUGACCGAAUGCUGGAUAUGGGAUUUGAACCACAAAUCAGGAAAAUCAUAGAGCAGAUCAGACCUGACAGACAAGUUCUGAUGUGGUCGGCCACUUGGCCCAAAGAAGUUCGCAACCUUGCUGAAGAAUAUCUAACAGACUACACGCAACUUAACAUUGGAUCAUUAACUCUCUCCGCUAAUCACAACAUCUUGCAGAUCAUCGACGUCUGUCAAGAACACGAAAAAGAAACUAAAUUAGGCAGCCUGUUGCAAGAGAUCGGCAAUGUAAAUGACGAUGGAGGAAAGACGAUUAUAUUUGUGGAGACCAAGAAGAAAGUAGAGAAUAUCACUCGAAACAUUCGACGCUACGGAUGGCCAGCGGUUUGCAUGCACGGCGACAAAUCCCAACAAGAGCGAGAUUACGUUCUUCGAGAGUUCAGGAACAAGAAAGGUUCGAUCCUUGUAGCAACUGACGUCGCUGCUCGAGGUCUAGAUGUUGAUGAUGUAAGAUACGUGAUCAAUUUCGAUUACCCCUCUUCGUCCGAGGACUACAUUCACCGAAUCGGUAGAACCGGACGUUCUCAGAGCACAGGAACGAGCUACGCCUUUUUCACUCCUCAAAACGGCAGACAAGCCAAAGAUUUGGUUAAUGUGCUUCAGGAAGCAAACCAAGUCAUCAAUCCAAAACUUAGCGAGUUGGCGUCGAGAGGAGGUGGCGGAGGAGGAUAUGGUGGCAAAAAUCGUUGGGGGUACGGAGGCGGACGGGGACGUGAAAAUAAUUAUUCGGGAGGACACAGGCGAUUUGACGGCGGCCGCAGCAACGGGUACAACAAUUAUAAUUGACUUUAGUUCACCGUAAAUGUUACUAGUAGUUGCUGUAGAUGUAUGCUACUAGUAAGAUCGGUCUAUCGGCGAGACUCUUAUUUGAUAGGCUCACAAAUUUAAUUGUGAUGCUGUGAAGAGGAAGGCCAUACAACUCGUCGAACUCAUUGUCAGUCGAACAGCACCUAAGAUUUGCUGCUCAAAUACUAGGCCAUGUAAACACUAAAUAUUUAUCUUGGAAGUUUUCCUUAUUUGUGGAUAGCCGUUCAAAAGCCGGAUUUGAUUCUCACUAGACGAUUAUUAUUUAUGAUAGCUGUAUGUUUUAGAUUUAAUAUCUUUCGAAGGCUGUUACUCUGACAUUUCAGUAUUCAUUUAUCCGGAUCAGUCUGGAAUAUUCUAUUUGGUUCUGACUCCUCCGGGGUACAAAGUAUUGUUGCUGAAUCAAGCAAGUAUUUAAGUAAUUACUUAAUCUGAUCUCUUUGUUAUGUAUUGAUGUGGUAAUAAAAUAAAACUGUAUUCCUUCAUG